AUGACCUCUCUCAAACGCAAGGUGACAAAUGAAAAUUUCAUGUUCUACAUCUCUACUCCAAACCAACCUCUGACCAAAUGUGUUAGGCACAUAGUCCAUCAACUUACUGACACUGAGGUUGCAGCAGAGCGAGCAAGUUUCACUGCCAAAAGGCAAACAAGAGAAGUAGCACAUUGUGAAGCUGCAGCCAAAAAGGUACAAGAUGAUUGUGUGCAGUGCCUCGGAAAUGCUUUGCAAGCUAUCAAGGGAGUGGGCUUCAGUACUUUGGCUGAAUUUAUGUUAGAGUUGAUGAACACAAAUGAUCAACAGCACUCUGCUCAUAUGUCAUGGACCUUGGGCACUCACAGACACCUGCUCCUUGAGAACAUACAAAUACAACAUCCUGAUAUCGUUGACCCUUGGGCUGUGUCACUUACAGCUGAAUUGCUUGCAAGUGAAGGACAAAAGCUUGCCGAGUUUCUACACCCUGCUUCACGUCAGGUGUCAGACAUUUUGGGAAAGUGGUCUCUCGAGAGAAUUUUUCAAGAAGUGGAGCACCUUGCACCUGUUCUCUGUACACUUCUCAGGUGUAUCAGUUUUGAUCAAUGCCACUCAUCAGAGCGACAUGACUGCGAUUUAGUAUGUCAAUCACAAUGUAACCUGCAACCAACCUUGAAUCUGAUCACCUACACAGAUAUUGGUUACUGUUGUUUGUAUGCUUGCACAAGCUCAUAA